AUGGAGGUCAAGAUCGACCCGGAACAUAUACCGACCUCAUAUGCAGGUCCCGUCCACAUCGCCGUCAUAGGUGGCACCGGGCUCGAACAUCUGCCUGAUUUCCACAAAGCCGCCGUCCUCACCGUCAACACACCCUGGGGCACGCCCUCGUCGCCCAUCACCAUCCUUGAGCACCCGUCGCCGACUACCGGCAACCCAAUCCCCAUCGCCUUCCUGGCCCGCCAUGGCCCAUACCACGCCCUGGCGCCCCACGAAGUCCCCUCGCGCGCAAACAUCGCCGCCCUGCGCCACAUCGGCGUGAGGUGCAUCAUCGCCUUUUCCGCCGCGGGCAGUCUGGCCGAGGAGGUCAAGCCGAGGGAUUUCGUCGUCCCGACUCAGGUCAUUGAUCGGACCAAGGGGGUCAGACCCUGGACGUUCUUCGAGGACGGUGUCGUUUGUCACAUCCCCUUUGCGGAUCCGUUCGAUGCAAAGGUGGGGGAUGUGGUGAGACGGUGCGGCCAUAGUUUGGAGGGCGACGGGGUCGUGUUGCACGAUUCUGGCACCUUGAUUGUCAUGGGUAAGUUUUCAUUUCGAGAUUUCUUCCCCUUGCAUUACCAUCGACCAUCGGUCGGGUAUGGCACGCCUCUGAUGUAUGCAUUCCUCUUUCAUGAGGUCUGGACAAGUGAGCGGCUUGGCUUGAGAGCAGAUGAAGCCGCCAGACAGGGUCAAGCCGACGUGCAGUCCAGCGGGUGUACUUCGCGCCGGCUGGAUUCUGCGGCAGCGAGGGUGAUUCGGCUCGAUGCGAAAAUCAUAGAGCUCAAGCUGUAA